AUGCCUCACAUCCUCCUCCUUGGAACCCUCGACACCAAGCUCGCAGAGCUCCUCUACCUGCACGGGCAACUGCAGCAAGGCGCAACCCGCUUCUCGACACCGCUAGAAAUCACCCUCAUCGACUGUGGUCGCCAACCUGUCACCGACAGCUCCAUAAAUAUAACUCACAAAGACCUUCUGGCAAAGUAUGCAUCCGACGCAGAGCCCGGCCUCCCCGGCCUCUCCCGCGGCGACGCAAUCACUUUCCUCAUCGACACCGUAACAAAAUGCGUCGCAGACAUCCUAGCCAAGUCUGAGAUUCACGGUAUCCUCGGCGCAGGGGGUAGCGGUGGAACGAGCCUAAUCUCAGCGGUGAUGCGUAACGCGGCGCCAUUUGGUCUACCGAAAUUGAUUGUUAGUACGAUCGCCUCCGGUGAUACGGGGCCUGUGGUCGGCGAGUGCGAUAUCACGCUCAUGUACUCGGUUGUCGAUGUUGCGGGGACGAAUCGGUUGCUCAAGGAGGUGUUGGGGAAUGCGGCUGGGGCGAUGUUUGGGAUGGCCUCGGCGUAUGAGACCCGUCUGGUUGCGAGCCGCGCUGGGGAUGCACCAGCAGAUGAGAAGAAGACUCGUGUUGGAGUGACCAUGUUCGGUGUGACGACUCCAUGCGUCGACCGCGUGCGGAAGCACCUGGAAGAGAACUAUGGUGUUGAAGUCUACGUCUUUCACGCCACUGGCCACGGCGGAAAAGCGAUGGAGCGCCUCGUCUCGGAAGGUCGGCUGGACGCAAUAUUGGACAUCACAACGACCGAGAUAUGCGAUCUCAUUGCCGGUGGAAACAUGGCCUGUGGCCCGUCACGCCUUGAGAUUGCCCUCAAAAGGGGAAUCCCCAACAUCAUCUCCGUGGGUGCAACAGACAUGGUGAAUUUCGGGCCUAUGGAUACAGUGCCGCCCAAGUAUCGCGAUCGCAAGCUGCAUGUGCAUAACCCGACUGUAACGCUCAUGCGGACUUCAGCAGAAGAGUGUAGGAAAGUGGGAGAAUUCAUCGUUGAUAAAGUCCAUCGAUUCGCUUCAAACCCGGAUAUGGUCCAGGUGUGGCUCCCGACAGGUGGAGUGAGUGUCAUUGCAACGCCUGGAGCGCCGUUUGCAGAUGCCGAGGCUGAUGCUGCGCUUUUUGAUACGUUGCAAUCGGGGCUGGAGGGUAGCAAAGUCCGGAUGGUGUCAGAUGAUCGAGCUAUAAAUGAUGAGGGGUUUGCAGUUGCGAUUGCGGACCAGCUGAUGGAGCUUGUGGCGAAGCACUCCAAAGGUGCUACAAGACAGUAG